AUGCUCGGGGCGCUGCUCCGGGGCUGCGGCUGCAACUGCAGCAGCUGUCGGCGCACCGGCGCCGCCUGCCUGCCCUUCUCGACCUUAAUCACUGCCGGUUCCCUCCCCGGCGUGGUCGGCCGUCGCCUGCCUGCUGCUGCUCGGGGCGGCCGCGCCGCCCUCUCACAUGGGGCCUCCAGACCGGGCUCGCCCGCCAGGGAAGUGGCAGGAAGCCACCCCCCGGCCGCUGCCGCCGCGGUCAUGACUGGCUCUUACCCGGCCCUGCGUGCCCCUCUGCUGCCGCAGUCGCUGGCGGCGGUCAUGGGCCAGGCGCGGAGCUACCAAUGGUGGUGGGCGCAGCGAGGGGCCGCGCGCGGGACCCUUUCCCGGCCGCGCGCACAGGCUCCGCGCCCUCCAGCAUUGCGCUCUCGUGCACGCCCGGGGAUCCGCGGCACGCGCCGCGCACCCUCCCCCCCUUACCCCCGCCCGCCCAGUCCUCCUAUUGGGCCCCAGAACAAGGGACGCUCUCCCAGGCCUCGGGUUUUCUCCUUGUUUUGUUCUCUCGAGUCUCUGGUCGGUUGGGCAGUGUUUUGUGAGGCUGUUGAUGCCCCCACCCCGCAUCCCUGUCGCUCUCCGCCCGCUGGUGGUGAAGUUGGGAGGCUGGACCCGCGGAGGGUUGGGAGUUUCCGUGCAGUCAGAGCACUAGGCCUAGGCGGCCCUGGUGCGCCUCGCAGCCUGCUGAUGGGGAGGUUCACGCACAGAGUUACGUGGGCUGGGUUCGUGGGGAAGGAGCCUCGUCGCCAGCGCUCCCCUCUCCCUCGUGUCCAUGGGGAAAGGCGGGCUGCCCCAGAGUCCAAAACGACCUACCUGGAAGACCUUCCACCUCUCCCUGAGUAUGAAUUGGCUUCGUCCAAGUUAGGAGAAGAAGUGGAUGAUGUUUAUCUCAUUCGAGCUCAAGGAUUGCCGUGGUCGUGCACUAUAGAAGAUGUGGUUAACUUUUUCUCAGACUGCAGAAUUCGCAAUGGUGAGAAUGGAAUACACUUCCUCUUAAAUAGAGAUGGGAAACGAAGGGGUGAUGCCUUAAUUGAAAUGGAGUCAGAGCAGGAUGUGCAAAAAGCCUUAGAAAAGCAUCGCAUGUACAUGGGACAGCGGUAUGUGGAAGUUUAUGAGAUAAAUAAUGAAGAUGUGGACGCCUUAAUGAAGAGCCUGCAGGUCAAAUCUUCACCUGCGAUAAAUGAUGGUGUGGUUCGUUUGAGAGGACUUCCUUAUAGUUGCAAUGAAAAAGACAUUGUAGACUUCUUUGCAGGACUGAAUAUAGUAGACAUCACCUUUGUCAUGGACUACAGAGGGAGAAGAAAAACAGGAGAAGCCUAUGUGCAGUUUGAAGAACCAGAAAUGGCCAACCAAGCCCUCUUGAAACACAGGGAAGAAAUUGGUAACCGAUAUAUAGAGAUAUUUCCAAGCAGAAGAAAUGAAGUCCGAACACAUGUUGGUUCUCAUAAGGGAAAGAAAAUGACAUCUCCUACUGCUAAGUAUAUAACUGAGCCAGAAAUGGUCUUUGAAGAACAUGAAGUAAAUGAGGAUAUUCGACCCAUGACAGCUUUUGAAAGUGAGAAGGAAAUAGAAUUACCUAAGGAGAUGUCCGAAAAGCUUCCAGAGGCUGUUGAUUUUGGAACCCCAUCUUCACUACAUUUUGUCCACAUGAGAGGAUUGCCUUUCCAAGCUAAUGCUCAAGACAUUAUAAACUUUUUUGCUCCACUGAAGCCUGUUAGGAUCACCAUGGAAUAUAGUUCCAAUGGGAAGGCCACUGGAGAAGCCGAUGUGCACUUCGAUACCCAUGAGGAUGCUGUUGCAGCUAUGCUCAAGGAUCGGUCCCAUGUUCACCAUAGGUAUAUUGAAUUGUUCCUGAAUUCAUGUCCAAAGGGAAAAUAA